GGUGCCGGUGGCGGUGGCGGUGCCGCGGCCCCGUCCAUGCCGCCAUGGCCCCCCCGCCCCGCGCCGCCCUCGCCCUGCUGCUGCUCGCCGCGCUCGGCCCCGCCGCGCCCGCGCCCCAGUGGCCCCCCCGCAAUGGCAGCGAGGCUGAAGGCAGAGGCUGGGGGGGCUCCCCGGAGCGGGACCCGGCGAGCGGAGCCCCCCCGGGGACCCCGAGCAAUGGCACCAGCCCCGGGGGGACCCCGUCGGCCGGCGACACCCCGCUGGGACCCCAGCUAGAGCCCCCCGGAGGGGGCACGGCCUCCACCACGGACCCGGCCGGGCGCCUCGCGGGGUGCCCGGGGUGUGCCGGGGAGGGCGACGCCAGCGCUCUGCCCCCCACGCCCGGCUCGGCGGAGGACAGCGAGGCGGCCACCGGUGUCACCUGGCCCGGCGACGGCGGCGCGGUGGCGGUGGCCAUCGGCAGCCCCGAGGAGGCCGGCAGCGGCGAGCAGCCCACGCGGGCCUCGCUGCACGGAGCCGGGUUCCUGGGGGGGCUCACGGCCGCCCCGUCGAGCCUCCCCGGCCUCCCCAGCCCCGGCCUCCCCAGCCCCGGCCUCCCCAGCCCGGGGCUCGGCACCGAUUCGGCCGAAUCCGACCUGCUGAUGGCGGCCGGGGGCUCGGCCGCGGUGCGGCCCCCGGUGCCGGGGGACUCGGGGCAGGAGCUCUGGCUGGCCUCAUCCAGCCCGGCCCCGGCGCAGGGGGCUCGUGGCCGCACGGACCGGACCUGGCUGGACGUGCAGGAGCCCGUCACCGCCACGCCGGGCACGGCCGAGCCGCCGGCGCCCGAGAUCAUCGACGUCGACUACUACGACCUGUUCGAGGGCGGCGAGGGGCUGGGGGGCGGCCGGGGGGCGGCCGGCUCGGUGAGGCGGGAGCCGGGCGGCGGGGCCACGCCGUGGGCCCUCCACGAGCUGUACGACGACUUCACGCCCUUCGACGAGUCCGAUUUCUACCCCACCACCUCCUUCUACGCCGAGGGGGACGAGGAGGAGGAAGAGGAGGACGAGCUGGAAGAGGAGGAUGAGGAGGACGAGGAGGAAGACGGGGGCCUGGAGGACGAGAACGGCUACCGGCCGCCCGCCUCGGCCGUGCCCCGCGUCCCGCCAGCACCGCGGGGACCCCGACCCAGCGCCCGGCCGCCGAAGCCCCCCGGUGCCGCGGGGGGCAGCCCCCCAGCACCGCCGCGGCCCGGGGAGCGCCUGGUGCCGGAGAACGGCACCGAGUGCCGGAGCGGCUUCGUGCGGCACAAUGGCUCCUGCCGCUCCGUCUGCGACCUCGUCCCCAGCUACUGCCACAACGGCGGCCAGUGCUACCUGGUGGAGGGCCUCGGGGCUUUCUGCAGGUGCAACACGCAGGACUACACGUGGCACAAGGGGACGCGCUGCGAGUCCAUCGUCACCGACUUCCAGGUGCUGUGCGUGGCCGUGGGCUCGGCCGCCCUGGUGCUGCUGCUGCUCUUCAUGCUGACCGUCUGCUUCGCCAAGAAGCUCUACCUGCUCAAGACGGAGAACAGCAAACUGCGCAAGACCAAAUACCGCACCCCGUCCGAGCUGCACAACGACAACUUCUCCCUCUCCACCAUCGCCGAGGGCUCCCACCCAAACAGAGACGCCAAGUGCCUCGCCGCCUGCGAGCCGCAGGAGGAGCGCGGAGCCCUCUAGCCUCGGCCUUAGCCGUUUUCCCCGUCUUUCGACCGAUUUUAGCACCCGUAGUGCCUGCGAGAGACCCUGGCAGGAGGCUCCCGCCGUGGCGAGGCCCCCCAGCCUCAAUCCGGUGCCGGUCCCCUGGAGCGGGGGGGCCGCUGCUCCUUGCUGUUCCCCGUGCCCCCAUCCCCGCCGGGACGCUGCAGGCUCAGUCCUGAGGUGCCCGGCUGGGGACUGCGUGAUCCCCAAACCGGAGGGGACAGCAAGGGGGGACGCCCCAGGAAGGGGUUUUUGGGGCGCCAGAGCGCGGGGAUGCGCUGAAGCCCGCCGGCACCAGCUGGUCCUGCCCCAAGAGCGGUGGCAGCGCGGAGGGGGACGGUGUUGGAACACGAGGGGACACGGGGACGAGCUCUGCUAACCCCGGCCAGCGGCACGGGGCUGUACGCUAACAAAACGCAAUAAAUCCAACCCCGCGGGGCUCCUGCC